UGGACAAUCAUGGCUUGUAGAGGAAUGAAUGCAUCUUUUAUAGACCUUAACACCCAAAAGAAAAAAUCUAGUAGGUUUAAAAGUGCAAAACGAAAGUCCAUCCAUACAAGGAAAGUGCAAGAAGCAGAGACUUCACUCCAGUGCUUCUUAGAUAUUUGCAGAGGGGUUUUAUCAUGUCAGACAUGGGAAGGUUGUCAACAGGUUAUCUGCUCCUGGUGCUUAUAUCCAUCACUUACCUGGGCUCCUCACAAGGGACAGAUCAGAGUCCUUAUGUAGAGAGAUUUAAACGCCAGCUCCGAACGCAAAAGACUGAGCUAACGAUCAGCAGCUUGUUCAUUCAAUCCACCAUCGUGUCCAGAUAUGCCUUCACCAAGGUACAAACCAUUAUGGUCAACCCACACUCAGAGGGCAAGGAAGCCAUCUUUGACUUGGAGUUGCCCAGCUCCGCAUUCAUAUCUAACUUCACACUCACUAUUAAGGGGAAAACAUACAUAGCGGAGGUGAAGGAGAAGCACCAGGCCAAGAAAAUGUAUGAUGAAGCAAGGAGGCAGGGGAAGACCACAGCCCAUGUUGGCACCAGGGACAGAGAGACAGAGAAAUUCCGUGUUUCUGUGAAUGUGGAGGCUGGAGGCCAGAUUGCUUUCACACUCACUUAUGAAGAGCUACUACGAAGGCAGCUUGGGAAAUAUGAGCAUGGAGUGAGUGUGCGACCUGGGCAGGUGGUGCAGAACCUCACUGUGGAGGUGACCGUUUCUGAGCGCACAGGGAUAGAAUACAUCCGAGUACUGCCCUUACGCACCAGCCGCUUGCUGACAAACACUGUGAGAGGUGACACAGAAAUACCACCAUCUACAAACAUAGAGAAGGGCACACAUUGUGCCCGUGUCACCUUCACGCCAUCUCCCGCAGAACAAGUAGCCCAGUCCAGCACUGGCAUUGCAGCAGAUUUUGUCAUUCAAUACGAUGUGACCUUGAAAGACCUUGCUGGGGAUGUUCAGAUCUACAAUGGAUAUUUUGUUCACUAUUUUGCUCCUCGCGGACUUCCAACCAUCCAGAAAAAUGUCAUCUUCGUCAUUGAUGUCAGUGGGUCAAUGUUUGGUACAAAGAUUAAACAGACUAAAAGUGCCAUGCAUGUUAUCCUAAACGACCUUCAUAGAGAGGACUUCUUUAAUAUCAUCACCUUCUCUGAUUCGGUGCACGUGUGGAGACCCGGGCGUUCCAUCCAGGCAACAGCACAGAACAUUAAGAGCGCCAAAGACUUUGUCAAUAAGAUUGAGGCUGACGGAUGGACAGAUAUUAAUGCUGCACUUAUGGCUGCUGCUUCCAUCUUUAACCAGACCUCCAAUAAACUAGAGAAGGAAAUAGCCAAACAGAAGAUACCCCUCAUCAUCUUCCUGACGGAUGGAGAAGCCACCUUUGGUGUCACCUCAACUAGUCGCAUCCUGGCUAAUGCACAAAAGUCCAUGGGAGGCACAAUUUCACUUUUUGGCCUGGCAUUUGGAGAAGAUGCAGACUACAAUCUUAUGCGCAGGUUAUCACUGGAGAAUCGUGGUAUUGCGCGCCGUAUCUAUGAAUACUCUGAUGCCACAUUGCAACUAAAAGGAUUUUAUGAUGAGAUUGCUAGCCCACUCUUGUUCGAUAUUGAGCUUGCCUACCUUGGAGAUAAGGCACAAAAUGUGACACAGACACUAUUCCCUAAUUACUUUGAGGGUUCAGAGCUUGUGGUGACUGGCAAGCUUAAGCCAGGCACAAAGGACCUUCAUGUUCGACUGACUGCUCAUGACCAAAAGGAGAAACUGAGUCUGGAAAAUGAUAUUACCAUAGAAGGCAAUGGCACCGAGCCAUGCUUUGGAUGUUCUGGGAAUGUGGAUCAGAUUCAGUGGUUUGUUCAGCGACUCUGGGCCUAUUUCACAAUCCAGGACUUGCUGCAAGCAAGAGUCAAAGCUAAUGAUACUUUAGCUAGACGUCUGCUAACCGAGAAAGCUACUAAUCUGUCCCUCAAGUACAAUUUUGUGACACCUGUUACCUCCUUGAUUGUAGUAAAACCAGAAGAGGAAGAUGAUCUAAAGGCUACUACCUCUUCCAUGUCUACCACUGCUGCUCCUACGUCUGGUACAUCUGCUACACCCCUUACAAACACAGUCCCUACUUUGAGCACAACUUCACAAAAGACCAAGGUCACUUCUGGGCCCAGACUGACCAAGCCAGCAAUGAAAGGCUCCAAAUUCUCAACAACUACCACCUUAUCUCCAGCUAGACAAACAUCUACUAGGAGUACAAUAGCUAUACAAGCUGCUGGAACUACAGGCCAUUCUAUGGUCACUGCUACCUCUAUAGCAACUAUGUCUGUCUUUGAAAAGCUCACAACUGUGGCCCCAGCUUUAAUGACCACUCUGAUACCUUCCUCUGAUCCACAGUCCAGUGUUUUACCACACCGCACUGCGGCUCUGCGUCCACGUACAACUGUGUCAGUGGGAACAACUAAACCCAAAUCUUCUCCUGCUGUCACUCCAGUUACCUCUUUGACUUCCACCAUCUCUUCCACUGUAUCAACAACAGACUACAGACCCGAAUUAGGGACCCAAACAACUUCAGUGUAUCCUGAAGUCACCAGCAAGGCUUUAACAGAGCGAGUAUCUGAUGGAGCACAAGGAACUUCGAGCCCAUCACUGCCCACUUCAGUCCCUGUAAAUCCAACAUAUUGGAGACUUCUCAUUCUCCCAGAUGAAACAGAGCUAUUGUCUGCUACAGAUUUAUAUCCAACAUACGUGGAAUCCCUGAACCACCCUCCAAUUUACAGCUACAUUUCAAAAACGUUUGCAGGUGACCCUGAGAUAUAUGAUGCCGAUGGUUUCUAUGACGAAAUUGUUGUGGAUGAGGAGUUUGAUGGCUUUUCCCUUACAGGGUAUACUGAUGGUGCCCCGGGUCUUCAGACAUUCAUGUCUUCAGUGGACGGAGACCCUCACUUUGUAGUAAAUUUGCCUGGGAGGCAGGAGAAGCUCUGCUUUACCUUAGAUGGAAGACCUGGGGACAUCCUUAGACUUCUCUCAGACCCUGUCUCAGGUAUCACGGUGAAUGGACAUUUGAGAGGGGCCCCUCUGAAAGUUGGCUAUGAGAACAGACUGCGUACUUACUUUGAUGUUAUCACAAUCAUCAUAAAUCGGCCACGUACCAAUUAUAUUGUCAAUGUAUCCCUUGACAUGUUGACAUUAAAGGGGGAGGACCAGUUGACUCUCCCCAUCAACCGGCCAGCUUUGAUCCACAAGGCAAGACUAGCAAUCAAAAUAUCACCUUCCUCUAACAUCACUGUUUGGAUUGAGCGCAACGUGAAGCUCCUGAUUCUGUUCCAUCACUAUAAGCAUCCAACCUACCUGCAACUAGACCACCUAGGAUUUUACAUUGUAAAAGGGGACGGCUUAUCCUCUGCAUCUGCAGGCCUACUAGGCCAGUUCCAGAAAGCCACCAUAGAGUUCGAUGAGAAAAAACAAAGCAAUGAGCCAACCCUUUCAGCAGUUGUGACUCGCAACAACCAAAAGGCUCCCGCCACUCUUGUGGUGAAGACCUUGAAAGACUCGUCAGCCCAGGCUCACACUUCCCAGUGCUGGCUGGUGAAACAUGGAGAAAUAGAGCAGAUUCUGGAUGGAAAAUACAUCUCCUAUGUGGUGUCAGACCUUGCAGAGAUGUAGGAUGAUCACCAGGGUACACACUGCAGGAGUAACGUCUGUUUGUGAUUAAGAUGCAUCACCUAAAGGGAUUAGAGAAACUGGUACUGCUGAAAUGGCAGAAACAUAGACCAUGUAGCAGAACCUCCCUUCUCACCUGGAUAGUUCACGUUGGAGCAUGUAGAAGAUCACGUCAUUGUUUGUGAAAAAAGAGGUCUAUUUGAUAACUGCCAGCUACAGCCUCACAACCAUCUCUGGCCUCUUAUUCUUUAACCAACUCUCUAACCCAGGGGUGGGCAAUUAUCGGCCCUCCAGAUGUUAUGGACUACAUCUCUCAUAAUGCUCUUUCAGCCAUAAUGCUGGCAAAGCAUUAUGGGAGAUGCAGUCCAAAACAUCUGGAAGGCCGAUAGUUGCCCACCCCUGCUCUAACCAAUAGCAUAUUAAAGGGAUAUGAAGCCCAUUUUUUUAUUUCAUGAUUUAGCUAGUAAUAAUUUAUUUCUAUUAUUAAAUUUCCCUCACUGUCUUGGUAUCCUUUGUUAAAGAACAGGUAGGAUGGUUUAGGAUUGUGUUGCUAUCUGGAGCAAUAUUUUGCAGCAGUUUUAUAACAAUGUUAUACAUUUGGAAUUGCACUAGAUGGCAGCAGUUUGAGGUUAUACAGUGUUCUAGACUUCCUGCCUAGGUAUCUUCUUCAACAAAGAAUACCAUAAGAGGAAAUAUAAUAGAAAAGUUUGGUUUCAUGUCCCUUUAAUAAUUAUUAAGCUUAAGGGUGAAUAAUUAUUAAGCUUGAGGUUGGGAUUGUAACAAAAACUCUGACUUUAAAGGGACAUGAACCCAAUUUUUUUUCUUUCAUGAUUCAGAUAGAGCAUGCAAUUAUAAGCAACUUUCUAAUUUACUCCUAUUAUCGUUUUUUUUGGUUCAAAACCAUGGAAAGCACUUUAUUGAUGAGUGAAUUUAUCCACCAAUCAACAAAAACAACCCAGUUUGUUCACCAAAAAUGGGCCGGCAUCAAAACUUACAUUCUUGCAUUUCAAAUAAAGAUACCAAGAGAAUAAAGACAAUUUAAUAAUAGGAGUAAAUUAGAAAGUUGCUUAAAAUUGCAUGCUCUAUCUGAAUCACAAAAUAAAAAAAUUGGGUUCAGUGUCCCUUUAACAUAGUACAGAAGGGAACAUUGUGAUUGUCAUUUAUUCUAUAUUUAUGGAAACAGGGUGACUCAGAAAGAUGGAUUAUUCAAUUUAUGACCCAGUAAUAGGUUAAUGGGACAUUGUAUAUAUUGCAAAAUGUAUUAUAAUUUUUCUUUAAUGGUGAGAGUCCAUGAGACAUCUCAAGUGGGAUUCCCCUCUAGAUGACUAGGAGGAGGUAACACCCCAACAUACCAGAUCUUUGAUUCCUUCUACUCUCCCAAAAUCCAUCAGUCAAGAGCUGAUCAACAGAACAUUUAGAGGAACAUGUGGAGAUGUCACAGGCUGCCUGGGUGAAAUGCGGAAUUAUCUGCCAGUCCCCUGGUGUAGUUUGUUCUGCUCCUGGCAAGAUCUAUGGCACUUUUCUUGCGCUGCCUUGGAUGGGCCAUCUACUGACAGCAGUCGUCUGCAAAUAAGGUAACUCAGUAGACUUAGAUACUGGCAGGUAAGUACAUUACACCUUCACAGCCCACCGGUUAUUAGAAUGAACAUGUACACGUGAUUCACAUCAUUCUUUCACUAUUUGCAGCAUAAUGUUACUGUAAGAAUAGAGCACUGGUUUUGAAACACCAACAGGUCACAUUUUCAGGAUUACUUUGGAUGAGAGCAGGCAAAAUAACCAUGUUUACUAAUAACCUGAUUAUUUCAUCUGUGCUCCAGUUCAGAUAUCCUCAAAAUCUGGCCUGUUAGGGAGGUCUGAGGACAGGUUUUAAACCCAGUGGAAUAGAGCGACUAGCUUUAGCGCUCUCCAGUAACACUGGAGCCCGUAAUGCAGCCCCUGUCUCUUCACGUGCUCUAUUGUUAAGCUUCUACCACCACUAACCUGUUGGUGGACUUUUAGCUAGCCAUUUGAGGAAUUCUCCUUAACUUGCUAAACAGUAGCCAUUUUACAGGCGUUGACGCUGUUCUUGUGCCCUGGGAGGUGGUGAGACUGCUCUAAAUCAUAUUGUAACUUACCAAUGUAUCUAUAUAAUUAUACAUUAAUGUAUACAUUAUUGUGCUAACUAUAGUUAUUUAAAUUGUUGUGCUUUUGUUAUCAUACAUUUUCACCUCUUGUGAUGGGGCUAGUGUGUCUCACUGUUUUCUUCUCCUUUACGGGUUUACUCAGUCAUAUAUUGUGCCUCAUGGUUGUGUUUACAACUUUGUUUUAUUACUUUAGCUUAACUAUCUCUUGUGGAGAUAACCAACUUUCAUCCUUACUUGCCUAUAUUACCCCACAAAUGGAUCAAAUUAGUGCAGCUCAGGUCUCUUUACCAGCAGUUGACGCAUAAGUGGGCAGAUCUACUGAUCGUGUAAGUCCCCCAUGUUUAUGUCUCUUAUUUAAAGGGACAGUAUACACCAAUUUUUAUUUAACUGCAUGUAAUAGACACUACUAUAAAGAAUAAUAUGCACAGAUACUGAUAUAAAAAUCCAGUAUAAAACCUUUAAAAAACUUACUUAGAACUCCCAUUUUAGCACUGUUGGUGAGAUUAGCCUGGUACACCCACUGAAAGAGACUGAUAGCAGAACCUCCCCCCUCCCCUGGAUAUGAAAAGACCCUUUAUACAAACAGAAGCAGUCUGAAGUCUGUAUACAUCAGUAUACAUCUAAAAAUUUGGGGCUUGGUUAGGAGUCUGAAAAUCAGCACAAUGUAAUUUAAAAAUAAGCAAAACUAUACAUGUUUACAAAAACACUACUAGAUGUGCUAUAUAAAUGGAUCAUCUGCAAAACAUUUAUGCAAAGAAAAAAAUUGUGUAUAAUGUCCCUUUAAGGAUAUUCCUGUUUUUUACCCUGCUCAGCUGUUUAUGUGCUGGAGCAAUUUCAAAUACUAGACAGGGUUUAGCUCAUAGUACUGAUAACUACUACAGGGGCAGGUAUCCACUAUAGAGAAAACCCUGCCAGUUUUUUAAAGAAAUAUAUAUACUAUUUCUGAGUUGAUGGCUGUAAUGCCUCCUCUAAGAAAAUACAGAUGCAUGCAUGUGGCUAGAUGUGAUCCUUCAGAAGCCCUUCUCUUAUCAGAAGUCUCCCUAUCGAGUGACCUAUCUAGAGCCCUUGAUCUAAAGAGGGUACUUUAGAGCACUUCAUGCCUUACUAAGGGAAAUGUUAAAGUCUUUAGAAGAUGAGAAUUCUCCCACUUCUGACAAACCUAUUACUAAAAGUAAAGAAGGUUCCUAAGCAGCCAUCUACCUUCCCAGUGCCUGAUUUAGUUGUCAGUCUGGUAACUAAGGAUUGGAAAAAACAGGUAUACCCUUUGUUCUAUCCGCCAAAUUUGAGACUAUGCUUCCAUUAACUCCUUUGAAGUUGGAAGUUUGGGAAACUGUCCAUAAAGUAGAUAGGGCCAUUUAUAGAACACUGUUUCUUUGGAGGAUAGUACAUCUUUUAAAGACUCCACAGGCAAGAAACUAGAUAGCUUCCACAGGUGGUCACUUCAGUUGGCAGGCUAUCUCUUUUGCUAUGCUGUCAGUGCAGCUUGCGUAGCUGCAGCUACCUCGGUUUGGUGUGAUAACUUAUUGGAACUGAUAGCGGGUGAAGUAUCCUUAGAAGAAAUCCAGGAUCGUUUAAAGCUUUAUUUGUGAUUCAGUAGUGGAAAUGAUCCGCAUACUGCUACUGCUGUUUUAGAUGGACAAGCCUUCUGGAUAAAGUAUUGGGGGUCAAUUUAUCAUAUGCCGGGCAGACAUGAUUCGCUGGUGUGAAUCAUGUCCGCCCGAUAUCGCUAAAUGCAUACACUGUCGGCAUUUAACAUUGCACAAGCAUUUCUUGUGAAAUGCUUGUGCAAUGUUGCCCCCUGCACAUUCGCGGCCAAUGGCCCACUAGCAGGGGGUGUCAAUCAUCCUGAUCGGUCCUAAAAGGUGGCGAACAAGUUAAGGAGCAGCAGUCUUAUGACCACUGCUUCUUAACUUAAGUUUCCGGCGAGCCAGAAACUUCGGCCAUAGAAAGCAACUUCCACUGCUUAUUAAAUCUACCCCUAGAUCUGGAGAUAUUGUUUCCAAGAACAGACUUUUAUAUCUACUCUUUCAGUGUAAAAUACUGUUUGGCCCAGGGCUCGGUGGAAUCAUUGCUAAAGUCACUGGAUGUAAAGGAGUGUUCCUAUCUCAGAACAAGAAAAACUAGGGGUAAAACUAGGAGAUCUUGCUGAUUUCGUUCCUUAGAUAAUUCAAAGUCCCAAAGGACAAACUUCUCAACUCAGCAUUUAGGAUCACCCAAGACUACUUUAAUCCCUGUUCCAAGGCUAAGCAGUCCACUUCCACCUCCAAGUCCGAUUGAUGGUGUGACACCCAUUCCAGAGGUGAUUCUAAUAGGGGGUAGAUUGAAGUUGUUUCUGGAGGCUUGGGAGAGGUCUGUGGCAGACCCUUGACUGUUUGAGAUUGUUUCUUAGGGGUACUGAAUCAGUUCCCAGAGAUUCAGUAAAGGCCUAGGACUUUUUUUAAUGUGUUUCAGAGAUCAAAUCAAAAGGAGUAAUUACUCCAGAUCCCAAAUUGGAACAAAACCUUGUGUUCUACUCCAAUCUCUUUAUUGUACCAAAUAAAGAGGGUAUAUUUUAUCCAAUAUAGACAAUAUAUGUCUACUAUAGAUGUAAAAUAUGCCUAUGUGCAUAUCCUUAUUCACAGGGAUCAUGUAAGGUUCCUCGGGCUUGCUUUUCUGAACAGUCUGUGACCCUUUUGUUUGGCCUUGCCACAGCCUCCAGGAUAUUUACCAAGAUAUAGAGGGCCUUUUUGUUUGUGGUACAAGUUCAAGGCUACUCUGUAGCACCCUAUCUAGAUGACUUUCUAGCACAAGUACCUCUUCUUCUGUUAGCUGGGAAACACACAGAAGCUGCCCUUCAACCAAUUCACAGUCAUAGUUGUUGCAUGAACCUGCCAAAGAGUUCUUUGACUCUUGACACUCAAGUGUCCUUCUUAGGCUGAUCAUACUCUAUGUCUAUGUGCCUAGCCCUGACAGACCAAUGUAGAGACAAACUUUAUGUGCUCAACUUCAGCAAACUCCUUGACUAUGAGUUGUUCAAUGCAUGGAGGGGAUAGGUCCCAUGGUGUCUGCAUCAGAUACAGUCCCCAUUUCGAGGUUUCAUCUCAAGCUUCUGCCAUUAUCUAUUCUUCGCAAAUGGAACAGAGAUUACUAGGACCUGUCUCUAAAUAUCCUAUUGAAUCAGGAGCUAAAACAGUUCUUGUGGUGGUAAACUCACCACUCCCAAGAGACCGCUGCUCCUUAACUCGUCCGCCACCUCUGAGCAUUCAGAUCGGUAUGAUUGAUUUGAUCAGGAUGAUUGAUACCCCCUGCUAGUGGCCGAUUGGCCACAAAUGUGCAGGGGGCGGCAUUGCACAAGCAUUUCACUAUAAAUGCUUGUGCAAUUUUAAAUGCCGACAGCGUAUGCAAUGUUGGAUGGACAUGAUUCGCUACAGUGGAUCAUGUCUGCCCGACAGUUAAUAAAUCUACCUCCAUGUCUUGUGGAUUCUCAGCAUCUUAUUUGCAGCCACCAAUUAGCAAAUAGCACACAGGUGCUGAGCUUACCUAGCUAUGCUUUUCAUCAAGCAAAUUAGAUAAUAGAAGUAAAUUGGACAUUUUAAAAUCGUAUUAUCUAGCCGAAUCAUGAAUUACAUUUUUUUCCCCUGUCUCUUUAAUCACCCGCUUUGUCCUCUCCUGCUUUUCUCCUCUACUUCGCUAUAUGUGUGACUGAGGGAUUUUGGGAGAGUAGGAGGGGUUUAAGCUCAUAUAGGGCCAAAUUAUGAGUGGAAUACUAACAGUUACAUGUGAGCGAAAAGAGGGUUUAUCGCGGGUGUUUGUGUGUGUUAGGUUUUUCACUCAUAUUACAAGUCGAAAGUAAACAUGAUCGCUUGAGCGCAAUUGAAGUUAAUGGGCAUCAGGAUAGCACAAAUACAGCUUUGGUUAACUGUUUUGCAAAACGUGUCACAAUACACAUCAAAAAUACAUUACAAAGUACAGUUAUACUCAUCAUAACACUAAUAAAAAGUAUUAAAAACAAAUAUUGCACAAAAAGUUAUAAGGGUUCAAAGAUAUGAGGUCUCAGGUGUUCGAAAAAAGGCGGGCAAAAGACUUUAACAUGAACAUACAUACAUAUAUAUGUUUAUAACUGUGUACAUAUAUAUAUUUAUGUAUUUAUAUGUGUAUAUAUGUAUGGGUUAGCACACAUGAGAACAUGCGAUCGGGUUUGCCUGUGAGUAGGGUGUUUAGUUUUUUUUUUUGCUCCAUUGACUUCUAUGGGGGAAUACGUUAACGUUCAUGUAAUAUUCUAAGUUUGGCUUUUUGCGCGCAUUGGGUUAGUGCUCGUGCGAAAAUAGUUUACUUUCAACUUGUAAUACGAGCACUACCUGACACAAAAAGCUUAGUCCUAGCGUGCAAGUUGGAGUGUUAAAUACCUCAUCACUCGUAAUCUGGCACAUAUUUUGGAUGUUUUUGCCUCUAUCUAGUGGACCGGAGUAGAAUCCCACAAGUGAUGUUUUUAGGACUCUCACCAUCAUGAAAUAAAUUAAUUUAUCAGGUAAGCAUUUUUUGUAUUCUUUUUAAUGAGCUGUGCUGAACAAAUCAAAUUGUUCUUGCUUGGGAAGGAGUGUUCCUAUCUAGCGGUACUGCUGUAAGAGAUUCCCCUAUUAGCCAGAGGGAUUGUAUACAGUAGUUACAGUUGGGCACAAAUAUUAUUUCCCCAUGAGUUUCAGUGCAAACAGCUUUUCCAUAAUCUUAUUUAUGCCUAAAAAUAUUUGUAACGUAUAAUUGCUGCUCUUUAAUAUACAGAACAAAACAAAAUUAUAAAGUAUAACAACUUUUUGUUCCUGAAGAGACCCAGUCUGAAAUUCUUUAUAUGUGAAUAACAAUCUAUUUAUGGUAUUUCUUUAAUAUGUAGAUACAAAUUGCUUUCGCUUUUUUAAAGCAGAUUAAAUGAAAUGCUCCUAAAAAUUUUACAUUAAAUAUAAUUGCUAUAAUUUUAUUGUAAUUGUACCAUCUUAGAAUGAUUCUACACAAGUGGAGCUAACAGAUAUUUUAUUGUGAGUUUACAUGAUCAUUAUUUAAAUGUUACAAAGGAUUGUAUUGUGUCAAUAAAAAAUUAUUUAAAAAAAUAGAAAAAUAA